AGUAUUGAAAAACAAUUUGAAGACAUGUUUUUAACCAAAGUGAAUUAUUCUCUUCUUUGUCUUGUUAUCCUCUUAAUGAGCAACCUGGAUAUAGAUAGAAUAGAUAUACACCUGUAUAUGGUCAGGGAAGGUCUUCAUGCUGUGCAGCAGCUGGGUGACGGUGGAGCAGAGCAGGCGUACAGACAUGGCCUCAGCCUGGUCCUGAGUGGUAAGAUUGAACACACACGCUGUGGCCACCAGGUGGACAUGCAGACUUGCAGGAUGGCUCUGCAUGGCGUUCAGGACCAGCUAGAAGAUACACACAACAGCCAAAUCAGCCCAUUCAUCAAUGAUGUGGUCUCACAGGGGACCAACGCACCAAGGUGCUGAAACCAAUGCACAGAGUGAACUCUCUUCCUGGCUGUUUGGAGCUUCGUGCCGGCCCUUUAUUCUCAAUGAGAGCGAGGACUCAGGGAGUGUGAAGACAGCAUGGAGGGUAUGAAACCUCAACACAGCUGAAACACAGACCUGGACCUGUCAAGCUGCGUCUCCUGGAUGACUGACUGAACCAACUGACAGAGAAGUCUUUGUUUGUGGUGAUAAAGCAAGAGAGAAGCCAUGGGACCCGGAAUGUGGAGCUUGUUUACUCUCUUUGGUCUGUCCCUCUGGAGCAACAGUGAAGCCUUCACCAAGAACCCCAUCCUCUCCCGGACUCGAAGAGCUCCAGAGGCAAGUGGAGAAAACAAGAGGUGCUCUUACACCUUCCUGGUUCCUGAGCAGAAGAUCACGGGCCCCAUCUGCGCGGCCCGAGGUCCCGUCCCUGACAAAGACAGAGUGACGCGCCUUGACGUGGCUGCGGUGCGUGACCUUCUGUCCAAGCAACGGCGGGAGAUGGAGACGCUGAAGCUGGUUGUGGAUGUGGACGGCAACCUGGUGAAUGAGAUGAAGCUGCUGAGGAAAGAGAGCAGGAACAUGAAUUCCAGGGUGACCCAGCUCUACAUGCAGCUGCUGCACGAAAUCAUCAGGAAGAGGGACAACUCACUGGAGCUGGCUCAAUUGGAGACACGCAUCCUUAAUGCCACCGCUGAGUCACUGCGCCUGUCCUCCCGCUACAAGGAACUGGAGGCCAAAUACGCCGCCCUCUCAGCAAUAGUCAACAACCAGUCAGUGGUCAUAGGAGCUCUGGAAGAAAGUUGUAUGAAGAUGUACGAUCGCAGACAAGAGCCGCCACCACUGGGUCCUCCCAUGGUGCAGGUAGUGCCCGAAAAUAUUCCUGUUAAUGUGCCGCGAUUCACCAAUGAGAUCCGGGGGGAUAACAGUGGAGGAUUUGUCCGUGAAAGGGGCUCUCGCUCUGGACCGUCACCAACAAGUGGCACACUGGAGGUCCAGAAACCUCCUCAGACAAACUUUAGUGCUGAAGGUCCCUUCAGAGACUGUCUGGAGGCUCAAGAGGCAGGCCACAUCGCCAGUGGCAUGUACCUGAUCAAACCCGACGAGGCAGAGAGGUCCCUGCAGGUCUGGUGUGAGCAGGACAUAGACAACGGAGGCUGGACUGUAAUCCAGAUCAGGAAAGACGGCUCUGUCAACUUCUUCAGGAACUGGGAAAAUUACAAGAGCGGCUUUGGGAACAUCGACGGAGAGUAUUGGCUCGGUCUGGAAGGCAUCUACAAGCUGGGACGUCAGGGCGACUACAAGCUGCAGGUGGAGCUGGAGGACUGGAUGGGGAAGAAGGUGUAUGCUCAGUACAGCAGCUUCCACCUAGAGCCUGAGAGCGAGGGCUACCGCCUGAGGUUGGGCACCUAUCGGGGCAACGCUGGCGACUCCCUCAGCAGCCACAACGGCAAACAGUUCACUACCCUGGAUCGAGACAAGGACGCCUUCUCAGGUAACUGUGCCCAUUUCCACAAAGGAGGCUGGUGGUACAACGCUUGUGGCCAAGCCAAUCUGAACGGCGUGUGGUACAGCGGAGGCGUCUACAGAAACAAAUUCCAGGACGGGAUCUUCUGGGCUGACUAUGGCGGAGGCUUCUAUUCCAUGAAGUCGGUCCGCCUGAUGAUUCGGCCCAUCGACGCAUGAGACACUGGACUGUGCUGGUCGACGCAGUGUGGACUUGAACCUCAUUUCUAAGGAAGUGUGAUGUCAAAUAUCAACAUUGAUAGGAGGGUGAAAUCCCUCCUUUUACAGACUGGACUGCUCUGUUCAUAUGUACAUGCGUAUCACUAUAGUUACAUAAAUAGGGGGAUUGGGGUCAUAUUUAUAAGACCUACCGUUCCUUUCACCAGUAAUAUAUACACUCCUGAUCAAAAUGUUAAGACCAGUUGAAAAAGUGCAAGAAUUUACACUUUGGUCUAAGGAGGUUCUAAGUCAGGGGUCAGAAACUUGUGGGCCAUUUGCGGCCCACCAAAUCGUAUCUUGCGGCCCGUGACUGGACGUCAAAGAGUUGUGUAACUGCAGCCCACAACAUCCGGGCAAGCUCAAUGUUACUUACAGGGGCAAGUAAACACCAACACUGAACUAACAGUGGUGUUAUGACAUGGAUGUAUUGUGAAUUGUAACGUAUCGUGAGGUACCCUGAGAUUCCCAGCCCUACUCCCAACACUUGAUGCGGCCCAACCUCACCCAGACUCUACCUCCACUGGCCCCCGGUGAAAUUGAGUUUGAGACCCCUGUUCUAAGUCGAGCUUCAAAAUGCAAAAAGAAGAAAUGGAUAAGAGACAAAAAAUGUUUUGAGUAGGCAGUUUAUUGCAAACAAGCAUAAAAGUGAAAUAGGCUGUUCAUCAGCUGAUCAAAAGUUUAAGACCACAGCCUUUAAAAGACAAAAUCUUGACAUAAAUGUGGACUUAUUUUAUUUCUGUCCGGUAUUCUCACUGUCAUGAUCUCUUGAUGGCAAAGGCAAAGAAGCUUCCUGUCUUGGUUGGAUUGUUGAGCUGCAUAAGCAAGGCCUCUUACAGCGCGCCAUUGCUGCUGAGGUUGGACGCAGUAAGACAGUCAUUUGAAACUUCUUUAAAAAAUCGUAAGGUUAUGGGACUAGAAAGUCAAGGCAAUUUCUCCGGAGGAUCUGAUUGGCUAUCCAUCAAGACACGGGACGAUCCUCGGCCCAAAUGAAGGUUGUUACUGAUGCCAAGUGCAGUCCAGUAACCAUCAGACGGCAUGUGCGACAGAAGGGUUUUCAUUCAAAGGCCUCGUCUCCUUCAAAGCCACAAAAUUGCCCGUUUGGAAUUUGCAGAGAGCACCAAACAUGGGACAUUGAAAGGUGGUCUGUGUGGUGAUGACUGCCUCCUUCAACAGGACAACGCUGCAGUUCACAAUGCCUGCUUGACAAAGGACUUCUUCCAGAGGAACAAGCUCACUUUUUUGGACCAUCCUGGUGUUGCCCAGAUCUAAAUCCGAUUGAGAACAUUUCGGGAUGGAUGGCAAGGGAAGUUUACAAAAAGGGACAUCAGUUCCAGACAGUGGAUGCCUUCUGUGAAGCCAUCUUCACCACCUGGAGCAACAUCCCCACUAGCCUCCUGGAAACACUGGCAUCAAGCAUGCCCAAAGCAAUUUUGAGGUGAUUAAUAAGAAUGGUACAGCUACUCAUUACCGACUCCUUUUUCGAACAUUUUAUGGGGGGGUUCCAGGGUUUUUUUUAGCUAUGGUCUUAGACUUUUCAUCAGCUGAUGAACAGCCCUUUUCACUUUAAUGCUUGUUUGCAAUAAACUGCUUACUCAAAAAUGUUUUUGCCUCACUCCCAUUCUUUUUGCAUUUUGAAGCUCUACUUAGAACCUCCUUGAAGGGUCACUGACAUGAUUUAUUGUGUUAAUUUGUUCGACAUUGUUCAUUUUUUUGAAAGCAAAUUAUAAAUUUGCUGAAAUUAUAUUUCUAUUUCAUGGCGGCAGCCAUGAUGAACUCGUCGCAGCAAAGCAUCAUUUCCAGAAGUGACAUCAGCGGAGUAACACCUCUCAGCUACACAAACAUAAACAUAGCGGUGUAGAUGACAGAGGAUGUUUACAGUCAUUAUAGUGAAGAUUUGAGCGAUGUGUCAAUAGUUUUUUUUUUGUUUGUUUUUUUGUCAAUAGUUUUUGAGGAGAAAAGAAGGGAGAAACAUUUGGAGAUGAAAUAGAGAACUUGCCAAACAUGGAUUUAAGCCUUUAGACAUGGAGAUGGUCGCCUUCGAAACACAGAAUGGUAAGUGUAAAUUAAAACUCUGGAGUGGCUUAUCCUUUAAUUAUUGUUUUAAAUCAGCUUAUUAAUGAGCAUAAAAGGGUCUUUAUAGCCUGAUUUAUUUCAUGUGUCGUCGCAGUGGCAGCCGCUGCCGUCGCCGCCCCCCACCGUCAACAUAUUGCUGUGAAAAGAUGUUUACAUAACAUGCAUAAUGCUUUUGCAACCUUGUUGCGAUGAUAAAAUAGUGUUGAGAAUACAAUAUGUAAACAAGACAUGAUUUAUCCUGUUCUGUGGCAACUGUUACGUAGUGGUUGUUCUUGUCUCUUUUUUUUUUUUUUUACGUGUACAGGCCGGUACUAUUCCGCUGGCGGAAUAGCGUUCUUUUUCAAAAUGUGUUUAUACCGUACUUUCAAGCCAAAUGCUUCUUGUAAAAGUGUUCCUUCGAAGCAGUCAUCAGGGAAAUGAACACUGCAAAAAAAAAAAAAGAACCUGAGGUGGGGAUCCAUCUGCCUCUUGUUUUCUGCGCUUGCUUUGUCAAUUUUUGUCUUAAACCUUCUUCUUUUGGAAAAGAAAACAAACUUAAAGUAUCACUCGGAUACUGUAAGCAUCCAGCGGCAACACAACAUUUGGGCAUGACUACUGUUUUGAUAAAAAACACACCUAACAAAGUCUACGCGCUACCUCGAGAAGCUUUGUUUACUGUGCUUUAGCUGAGAGCUUUUACGCCGCUGCCGCCACUUGCGGGAAUGAUGCUUAGCUGUGACGGGUGGCGCCAAGAACUGUAAAUGUAAUUUUUGCCAAUUUACCGUUGCCUUUCAAAAAAACGAACAAUGUAGAACAUAAUUACAAACUAUAUAUAACAUAUUUAAAGCAAAGUUGAUAAAUCAGGUCAGGGACCCUUUAAGAUCCAACAGUGCAAAAUGUAAAUUCUUACAGUACAACUUUUCAACUGGUCUUAAAAUUUUGAUCAGGAGUACAUGUGUAUCGGUAAAGGAAAACGAAGAACUGCAGGUGCAGUUGAAUUAUUGCAACAUGCCAAAUGCGACAAGUUUAAUGUUUUCCUAAUUCUGGCUACACACUUAUAGGAGCUGUCAGGAUUAAGACUUUAAUGCAGCUCUUCCUACCUCACCGCAAAUAUAAACAUCUGAAGGAAACGCUCAUAUAUGGUAUUUAACCUCAGCAAUAGUUCCUGGAAACUGGAAAAUAGCUUUAUUUUGUCUCACCUCCUCUGAAAUAAGGCCUUUCCUUUUUGCUUCACACUUAAAAUGACCUUUAUGUUUAACUAUGAGCUGGAAAAAUAUAAUUUAUAUGUACAAUUAACUUAUCCUAACAGUGAAAAGGGCCCGGUGUCCUUGGGGAACGGAUGUAUAGCAGUCAUUCUUGAGUGUGCGCUUACAUAUAGUUGCUUGUUUUUGUCCGUCAAACUCCCUGAGUAGCAUGGAACUGUUUGUUGUUUUGCAGAGUUUUAAGAGUUAUAGGCACUGAGACCAACAACGAGAAACACAUUUCAUAAAGCCAGACAGGAUGGAGAAGGGGGAGCAGGCGGGUGGGGGGGCUAUUGGGAUGGAAGCGGUCCAGAUUUCCAAGUUAUUCCCCCUAGCUCCCUUUUAAAUACACAGACAUUUACAUUCUUUCCACACACAACUGCUUGAACUGUAUGUUUUCUUGGAAAUAUCUUCCAUCGACCAAGUCACGGGCCAGUGCACUCUGUAAUCACUGAUAUGAAAGUAAAGAAGAGGAACUGCGGGGUGUGUUUUGGAAUAUACCAACGUGUCCACAGAAAACACGAAAGGCCAGCAGCCUCUGGUCCUGAUGCUGAAAAUAGACCUUAUUGCUCUGUUUUGCUGUUUGUGACCACAACGCUCCUCACGCCCAUCGCUUUACAGGAAUCAGGCAACAAUGCGUAUCGUAUAAAUGAGUCACGUUUGUGUUUAGUGAGGAUCAAGAGAGUUCCUCCUCACUUGUGCCAUUAUGCCGUUAACUAAGGCACCAUUACAGUUAAUGUGUUUUAUUCUUUGUUGAGGUGGCGUGCACAUUCCGUUCCAGGCUUAUCAGGUGGGUGGGAAUCGUGCAGACGUACGCUUGUAUUUAAACCAGCGGAGAAAACAGAUUGUCUUCAUGGCAAGAAAGUUGUCAGACUGACAUUGUGGAACAUUCUGUACUUGACUUGAUUGAAAUACAGACUUGUGUUAAACAUG